AUUCCCAUCUGUGGGCCACGUUACAUCGGUCCUACUUUCGCUGGAUUCUUCUUCUUCCCUACAAUCCCGUCCGACUACACUGUGUUCACGCAGUAUUGUGUUUGUCACAAAUCCAACUGGCUUUUUUAAUCAUAAACAACUUUUUUUUUUAUUUUGCUUUUUAUUUUUUCCGUGCGGCGCAUGCGCGGUUUCUAUCUAUGUGCCUUUCCGUUCCGCCGGCUCGAACUGAAACCGCAACAAAAUGUUUUAACGUCGCGGCGGUAAGUAACAGCCUUGUGCCCGGUGUCAGCUGCAAACACCCCCCCGGGUUCCUUCUCUUCGCGUAUCACUUCGCUCGCCUCGUCGAACACGAACCAGUAGACUCGUGGACGUUUCGCCUCCCGACGUCGCCUCAUCCCGCUCCCGGUGUAAUCUCUUCGACGCAACCUAGCGCAGAUUGUACACAAUCAUCAUGGCGACGCAGGAUGGAAGUGAAGAUAUCAUAAUGGAGACCGAGGAAAAGCCAAAAGAAGCUGAGCCACUGGGUGAGGACGCUGAAAAGGGCGACACAGAAUCUACGUCUCACUCAGAUGGAGCAGCAGAAGCCACAACUCAGGACUCUAGUAUUAGCAACGGGGACGACGACGACGACGACGACGACGACCGGGAGAGGGUGGACUUGAAGAUUAUCUGGAACAAAAAUAAAUAUGAUCUGAAAAUUCCUGUCGACAGCACCGGAGCCACACUCAAAGAGAAGAUCCAUUCACUCACUGGUCUACCCCCGUCGAUGCAGAAGGUGAUGUACAAGGGAUUGCUGCCAGAGGACAAGACGCUACGUGAAAUAAAGAUUACGAACGGCGCGAAAAUAAUGGUGGUGGGGUCGACAAUAAAUGACGUAUUAGCUGUGAAUACGCCCAAAGAGACCAUUCAGCAGGAAGUCAAAGCUGAGGAAGACAAGAAGGAGCCUUUAUGCAGGCAAAAGCAACAUAGGAAAGUCUUGGACAAAGGUAAACCAGAUGACAUAUUGCCAGCUAUUAAAGGAACAAAGGAACGAUUACCAACAGUGCCUUUAUCCGGGAUGUUUAACAAGUCCGGGGGAAAAGUUAGACUCACGUUCAAACUGGAGCAGGAUCAGCUGUGGCUUGGAACAAAGGAGCGAACGGAGAAAGUCCCAAUGGGCUCCAUUAAAAACGUAGUGUCUGAACCCAUCGAAGGCCACGAGGACUAUCACAUGAUGGCUUUUCAGUUGGGUCCGACAGAAGCUUCUCAAUACUGGGUCUACUGGGUGCCAACACAGUUUGUUGAUGCAAUCAAAGACACAGUCCUUGGAAAAUGGCAGUAUUUCUAAUGUGCCUCUUUUUUUUGACAAUGAUGAACUGGGAUUGAGAAGGAGGAGGAGGAGGAAGAGCCCAUGACAAAUGAAACUGGAGUCAAUAGUGAAGCUUAAGGAACUUCUCGGAAUAUAUCUGAAGGAAACGGACGGAUGCCUGUGGACUAAUCAUAUUCUUUUUAGGUUUAAAAGUGCACUAUGUGGCGGCAUAACAUUUCUCAGCCCUGUUGAUCAUUCAAAGGUUUGCAAGCAAAUCCGAGGUGAAACAGUUGUACAGAAAUUGCUAACACUUUUCUUCAGUUAUUCUUAAAGAAAUAAAACUUAUUUAAUAAAACAAAA